CUCCGCAGCAAGAGUGGCAGCCGGACUUGCGAUGCUGCGAGGGACAGGGUGCAGAGCCGCAGUGCCGUAGCGGGCAGCAGAGGCAGCCUGCCCUUCCAGCAGCGGAGCCCCUAGCGAAGGCGGAAGACCCCUGGGCCGCCAACCCUGAAAGCCGCCUGAUGUCCCCGCCCCAGAGAGGGCUGCACUGCGAGGACGCCCGGGCGCCCGCUUCGGUCCCCUUCUGUCUCUGGGUUCCUCUUUCCUCCCAAGUAAGGGAAUAAGCCGCUAGGAGGGAGCGCCCCUCGGCAAGCGCGCAACCAAGUGUAGCAUGGUGAGGAAUUGCCAGGAUUUCAGGAUUGGCCUGGACUACAACAGGGGUAUGUUGCCUGAGGAGUAGCAGGAGUCUUUGUCAGCUGCCGAGAGCUGCCCACAACUGUCAUCGACCGAGAGCCCUAGAAGUCUUCUGAAGGCCUGCAUAUCUGCAAUGAGCCAGGCCCUGAGCUGGGCCCUGGCUUCUCCCUGGUGAACAGCACUCCACCCGUGGCCUCGGGCAAUCACACUCCGCUGAAAGAUGAGUGAAGGACGAUGGGUCUCUCUCUCAUCAGAAGAAUUUGAUCAACUCCAGAAAUACUCUGAAUAUUCCUCCAAGAAAAUAAAAGAUGUGUUGACUGAGUUUAAGGAAGGUGGGAUCCUCAAGCAAUGUGACCCACACAAGCCCAUUAGCUAUGAUGUCUUCAAGCUGUUCAUGAGGGCAUACCUGGAGGUGGACCUUCCUCAGCCACUGAGCACACACCUCUUCCUGGCCUUCAGCCAGAAGCCCAGACAGGAGACACCUGACCACCCAAAGGAGGGGGCCAGCAGUAGUGAACCCAAUAUCUCAGAUUAUAAUGCGGAUAAUGCUGCCAAAGCAGAUGAGGCCUGUGCUCCAGACACUGAAUCAAAAAUGGCUGAGACACAAGUACUGCCUAAAGCCCUAGAGGCUCUAACCCUGUGGGAAGAUCCUGAUGCUCUGUCUUCAAGCUCAGAUGCUCCCGUGGUGUACCUCAAGGAUGUCGUGUGUUACUUGUCCCUGCUAGAAUCGGGGAGACCUCAGGAUAAGCUAGAAUUCAUGUUUCGUCUCUAUGAUUCCGAUGAAAACGGACUCCUGGACCAAGCGGAGAUGGAUCAGAUUGUGAACCAAAUGCUACAUAUUGCCCAGUAUCUGGAGUGGGAUCCCACGGAGCUCAGGCCUAUAUUGAAGGAGAUGUUGCAGGGGAUGGACUACGACAAGGAUGGCUUUGUGUCUCUACAGGAGUGGGUCCAUGGGGGGAUGACCACCAUCCCAUUGCUGGUGCUCCUGGGAAUGGAUGACUCUAGCUCCAAGGGGGACGGGAGGCACGCCUGGACCCUGAAGCAUUUCAAGAAGCCCACUUACUGUAACUUCUGCCACGUGAUGCUGAUGGGCGUUCGGAAGCAAGGCCUGUGCUGCACUUACUGUAAAUACACUGUCCACCAACGCUGUGUGUCCAAAAACAUUCCUGGAUGUGUGAAAACGAACUCCAAAGCCAAAAGGAGUGGCGAGGUGACGCAGCACGCGUGGGUGGAAGGGAACUCCUCCGUCAAGUGUGACCGGUGCCACAAAAGUAUCAAGUGCUACCAGAGUGUCACCGCGCGGCACUGCGUGUGGUGCCGGAUGACGUUCCACCGCAAAUGUGAAUUAUCGACGGUGUGUGACGGUGGGGAACUCAGAGACCACAUCUUGCUGCCUACCGCCAUAUGCCCCGUCACCCGAGACAGGCAAGGAGGAAAGGCGGACAGCAGCGUGGCCUCCAAGGGUGAACUUGUAACACAGUAUAAGAUCAUCCCUAGCCCAGGAACUCACCCCCUGCUGGUCUUGGUGAACCCCAAAAGUGGAGGGAGACAAGGAGAAAGGAUUCUUCGGAAGUUCCACUACCUGCUCAACCCCAAACAAGUUUUCAACCUGGACAACGGGGGGCCUACUCCAGGAUUGAACUUUUUCCAUGAUACUCCAGACUUCCGUGUUCUUGCCUGUGGCGGAGACGGGACAGUUGGCUGGAUUUUGGAUUGCAUUGAUAAGGCCAACUUCACGAAACAUCCACCCGUGGCUGUCCUGCCUCUUGGAACGGGGAAUGACCUGGCGAGAUGUCUCCGCUGGGGAGGAGGUUACGAAGGGGGCAGCUUGACGAAGAUCCUGAAGGAAAUUGAACAGAGCCCCUUGGUGAUGCUGGACCGUUGGUGUCUGGAAGUCAUCCCCAGGGAAGAGAUGGAGAACGGAGACCAGGUCCCAUACAACAUCAUGAACAACUACUUCUCCAUUGGUGUGGAUGCUUCCAUUGCACACAGAUUCCACAUGAUGAGAGAGAAACAUCCUGAAAAAUUCAACAGCAGGAUGAAGAACAAGCUGUGGUAUUUUGAAUUUGGUACCUCGGAGACCUUUGCAGCCACCUGCAAGAAACUCCACGAUCACAUAAAGCUGGAGUGUGACGGAGUUGAGGUGGACCUGAGCAAUAUCUUCCUGGAAGGCAUUGCCAUUCUUAACAUUCCCAGCAUGUACGGAGGCACCAAUCUCUGGGGAGAAACCAAGAAGAACAGGGCUGUGAUCCGGGAAAGCAGGAAGAGCGUCACAGACCCAAAAGAGCUGAAAUGCUGUGUCCAAGACCUCAGCGACCAGCUCCUUGAAGUGGUGGGUCUCGAGGGAGCCAUGGAAAUGGGACAGAUCUACACUGGCCUGAAGAGUGCAGGGAGGAGGCUAGCUCAAUGCUCCUCUGUCACUAUUAGGACUAACAAGCUUCUGCCGAUGCAAGUAGAUGGAGAGCCCUGGAUGCAGCCAUGUUGCACGAUUAAAAUCACUCACAAAAACCAGGCACCUAUGAUGAUGGGGCCUCCCCAAAAGAGCAGCUUCUUUUCACUGAGGAGGAAAAGCCGUUCAAAAGACUAAACAGUGUGCCAAACAAAUACCAGCUCCCCCAAGAAAAGAAAGAAGAAUCUACAGACACACACACACACACACACACACACACACACACACACACACCCCUGUAACCAGAUGAAGCAAAGCCACCCUUCCAGAGGAAAAUGUCACCCUGCCGUACAGUCUACCUAUUUUGAAAACGGAUCCACUCUUCACAGAGCCAAUACCCGUGAAAUAUUCUGAAUGGACUCAGGGCCCACCAGGAUGGGUUGGCUCAUACAGCAACUUCCACAUUCCCACAGGCCUUGGGUAGACUUUGAGCCUGAAGGAGAAAUCCCUUUUUCUUCACCGCUCCUGUAAGGUUCCAGGCUGUAGGUUUCCUGCCUACAGUGAGAUCGGAUGUGGCCAGGGGAAAGAGCUCCAACCCAGAAAUUUUGCACAAAAGUCCUUCUGUAUGGAAACAAAACAGCCUCUAGCUCUCCAAGCAAAACCCUUGGCAGGGCUCAGCAAGCACACGAUGGUUUCUUCCUCGUCCUCACAGCAACAGCUCCUCCCCUCACUUGCUGAGGAAAGCCAAGAAGCUGCGGAAAGCUGUUUCCAUUCUUGGUUCUCUCUGCUGUCCAUGGGCACUUGUUCGCUGCCUGAAGCAUCUCUUGGUGGCUCUUCGCUCAGAGAACAAACCAGACUGCCUGGGCAGUCUACUUUAGAUGUGGUAUUUAUUUUCAUAGUUCUUAUGAACCCCUGGGCGGGAAAACUGAGAAAAGUGGACUUUAUUUUUCAAAUUGAUGUCAUAAUAUUGUGUAAAAAGGAAAGGGGAAAAAAAAAACAACACUCCUAGUCCUUCCCACCCCUCACUACCACACAGGCCAAAGUGUGUCUCUUGUUUGAAUCCCAAGCCCUGGUGGCAGAGAUGAUGAGAGGGAGAGGCUUUGCUGGGCAAACUAGGAGACAGCCUGUCAGGAGAUGGCCUGUUUCUUGGCACUUCCCACUCUCACAGUGUGACAGACGACCUUCUGACGGUCUUAUAUAUGUACAUAUGUAGCAUAUAUGUUUAUAUAUAUUAUAUAAAUAUUUAUUUACCGCUGGAUUUUUCCUCCUUAGAAAUAAACAUAGAUAGUGUGGGAACAGAAAAAUGGGGAAGAAAAAAGAAACGCCCUACUUUCCGACCAUCGUUUGAUUGUAGAGACACACAUUUCCUGGCUGGUUACAAGGUUUACAUGGAUGAUCUAGAUCCUGGGAACAACCAUGAAACACGCUGUUCAGGGCUGGUUCUCCCAUUGGUUGAUAAGGAAACUGAGUUGUGGAAAAGUUAAAAGGCUUCUCCAUGGUAUCCUGGCUAAUGAAGUUUGGAUGUAAAUGUUACUAAGAAGAUCAUGAAUAGACAAAAGAACCCUCAUCUGGGAACAGGGUCAUUUCUAGUCACCAAGAAGUGGCUGUACUUGGAUCCAGGUUGCCAGGGAGGAACCAUCAUCCCUAUAGCCUAUGCAUGGAUGGAACAAGCCCACGUAAGGAAAUUAAGAAAAUGGGACGUGGGGACUUGGGCCACUUCCCAAGUUCUCUAUGGCUUGUCCUGCCUGGAGAGAAGUUGGCCUGAAGUUGAAGGCCCCACACAGGUCAUCUGAUUGAAUUCCCAUGUCACUCAUCACGGUCACCAGAUCUUCUUGCCUUGGAAACAUUCCUGGCUACAGAUGUGACUUCAGUAAAGAGUUACCUUCUGUAGGAUGUUGACAACCAGGACAGAACAGUCUUAGUCAUGCUCAGGGGGCUUCAUUUAGCUGGUACCAGCAUCCCCCUCCUCUAUGGAGGGUACCUCUACACAUCAUUGGUGGAAAGUCAACUUUGCCUCAGCCCCCUGGCUCACCCGGCCUUCAUCUCUGUCUCAGAUUUCUCAAGAGAAAACUUGGGCCCAAUGACAUCAACCCACUGAGCUGCCUCAAAUUUUGCAAUGGACAAGGAAGGGAAUAUGAAGAAUGUGUACAAAUUGAGCCCACCUCUGAAGGAAGCCAUCAUCUAGAAUCGAGGACUGAGACCUGGGGCCACCCUGCUCAACCUAACAUGCUUCUGCUGAGCAAGGGGAGAUCCAGGUCACCUAAAGAACAACCUGAUGGGAUGCUUGGCGAUGUGGCCAACAAGCUCCCAAAUGGCGGCAGGCACUAUUUCGGAAGACACAGGUUCAGCUUGAGGGUCUGUGACUCUAAGACAUUUACAGAAGUGUUUAUAUGUGUUUCAGCUCUGAUCCCCCAAGACUGCAGAUUGAGACAGCACCAUCAAGAAGGGAAAUGGAUUCCCAGGGACUCCCAAGUCUCGUGAAGGGGCCCUGCAGAGAUUGAAUGUGACCUGAGUGGCACAGCCCAGUCCUUCCAGAGGCACAGAGGACAAAACGUCAUGGCAUUGCUCUUCUGAUUUGCUAGUCUUAGUAAGUCUUGUGUUGCUGUUUAACCUUAUCUUACAAGUCAUCUUUUGAACACCCUGACUAGGGUUUCUCAUUGUGUAGUGCAUCAUCUUAGUGGCCCUCACUCCAAGCUCUAAGGUUAGCCAACUAAGUAUUAUCAUCUCCACCCUUCCGAGAAUGGGGCUUUCUGGUGUUGGGUGGCUUCCUAACACUGCACAGUCAGAGGAGAGCCUGGCCCCUAAUGUGCGAGACCGCUCGGAUUUCUUUCCAUGCUGCAGACAUGUUCUCACCUGCCUUCAUGCUUCCACCCCACCAGCAAUAAAAACAAUGAAACCAGAAA